GUGAUGGAAAUGAGAAAAGGGACAAGACUACACCCUUACGGUCAAUUUGGUGAGAAAAGAUAUUUAAUUUAUCUCCGUGACGAUGAUGUACGUACGGUCUCAGACUUGCAAGUUUCAUCCUAACCUCUUUUCCCCCUCUUAACGGUUGUUUUCUCCCCCUCUCUCUCAUAUUCUUCUCUCUUUUCCACAUGUACAGAAACAAACCCCCACUCUUCUUCUUUUGACUCAUUUGCACACGAUAUUCCUCUAUUCCUCCCCCUUCUCUUUCUCUCUUUCUGUUAAUAAUAUUCCUCACCCGCUUUUCAAGAAAUACCUAUAUUAUCCUUUCCCAUAUUAUAGUUCCUACCAUUCACUUUUGAAUUUCAAAUUUCAGCCCCCAUUUUAUGUUGUCAAGAUUUUUCUCCAUGUUCUCGGAGAAUGAAGCAUUUCUUGUUGUUGUAGAUUGUAUAUUCGUACUGCCAAUUUAGCCAUCAAUUGUGUGAGAGAGCGGAAAAAAAAAAAUGAACAUGGACAAGCACCGGAGAUGGACAUAUUCAAUAACGAAGCUUGUCUUUUGGACCACCCUUUUUGCAGGUACCCUUCUUUUCAUGUGUUUCCACUCUCAUCCUCCGUCUGGUUCUCAAACCGUUUAUCCCAAAGUGAAAUGGGAUGGGAACCCACAAUGGGAAAAGCGGGUAAAACUUUCUGCCCGUUCACGUUCCGGUCAUUUCUCCGUACUUGUUACCGGCGCCGCCGGUUUCGUUGGGUCCCAUGUCUCCGCCGCCCUCAAACGCCGUGGUGAUGGCGUCGUUGGACUCGACAAUUUCAACAGCUAUUACGACCCGUCGUUGAAAAGAGCCCGUCAGAAACUGUUGGAAGAGAAAGGGGUUUUCGUCAUUGAAGGAGAUAUCAAUGAGAAUAAACUGCUUAAAAAGCUUUUCGACAUUGUUGCAUUUACCCACGUAAUGCAUUUAGCUGCACAGGCCGGCGUUCGUUACGCGAUGAAGAAUCCUGGUUCUUACAUCCACAGCAAUAUAGCAGGUCUCGUUAGCCUUUUCGAGGCCUCCAAAUCGGCUAAUCCGCAACCUGCAAUUGUUUGGGCAUCAUCCAGCUCUGUUUAUGGGCUGAAUACCAAAGUACCCUUCUCAGAAAAAGAUCGAACGGAUCAACCAGCGAGUCUAUACGCCGCCACAAAGAAGGCUGGUGAAGAGAUUGCACAUACGUACAAUCAUAUCUAUGGUCUUUCGAUUACAGGGUUGAGAUUCUUCACUGUUUAUGGACCGUGGGGACGGCCAGAUAUGGCGUAUUUCUUCUUCACAAAGGACAUACUAAAAAGAAAGGCGAUUUCGGUUUUUCAAGGUUCAAAUAACAAAAGUGUAGCAAGGGAUUUUACCUACAUUGAUGAUAUAGUGAAAGGGUGUUUAGGGGCAUUGGAUACAGCAGAGAAGAGCACAGGAAGUGGUGGAAAGAAGAAGAAAGAUGCGCAAUUAAGAGUGUUUAAUUUGGGGAAUACUUCACCAGUUCCGGUUACCAAGUUAGUUAGCAUAUUAGAGAAAUUGCUCGAGGUAAAGGCUAAAAGAAAUGUCUUGCCAUUGCCAAGAAAUGGGGAUGUGAUGUUUACUCAUGCUAAUAUCAGUUAUGCGCAAAAGGAAUUUGGAUAUAAACCAACUACAGAUUUGCAGAUGGGACUACAGAAAUUCGUUAAUUGGUAUCUUGAUUACUAUUCAAUUAGUGAAAAGAAGACUUAUUGAUUUAGAUGCGUACCACGAGGAAUAUAUCAAAAGCUUGUAUAUAAGCGUUUUAAUUUUUUGUUGUUACUUUCUUUUUUCUUGGAUAAGCUGUAUUAAUUACUUUCAGUUAGGGGGAUUCAUCAUGCUAAUGAUCUCACAGUGUUAAUGAACUGCGGUUCCAUCAAAAUGUGCUUCCAUUUUUUCAUGUCUUC